AUGUCCCCCUCCACUAGAUCCGGAAAAACUUACUCAGAAGCUUCCUCAAUAACCAGUAGCCGACGAUCCAGCACGACUAGGAGCGUCAGUGGAAGAAAACCCCGAAGCACCGCGCAAGUCGACGCCGACCCCAUUGGGGGCGGACAAGAUCAACCCACCGCCAAAGGACUUAACCCCUCCUCGAUCAAAGAAGGAAAAACCCGCGCCGAAAUCAACCUCGCCGGAACCGUCCAAGUUGAUAGCCAAGAAGAAAGCCGCAUCGUCGACUCCCAAGAUAUCGCCGACGAAAAACGCCGCAAAACCAUCAGCGUUAUUCGUCCCAUCAAAACCACCGACAGGGCUGAUCUCGACCCAACCAUCAUCAGAGAAGGCCAGGAAGAGACAGACAAUAUCGGUGGUGAUACCAAUGUCGACUUCGUCGAGGAAACCAACGCCGAUGUGAGAACUCCUUUGGGAAUGGUGGCAGUCCUGUGA